AUGGGCUGGGCAAUAGCACUUCAUGGAGGCGCCGGCGACAUUCCGAUUUCGAUUCCGCCGGAGCGGCGACAGCCUCGAGAAGCCGCCCUCGGCUACUGUCUGCAGAUCGGUGUUGAUGCUAUCAAAGCUGGCCUUCCUCCUCUGGACGUUGUCGAACUCGUAGUCCGUGAACUCGAAGAUAAUCCACAUUUCAACGCAGGCAAAGGCUCUGUUUUGACUUGCGAUGGAACUGUAGAGAUGGAAGCUUGUAUCAUGGAUGGAACUACGAAGAACUGCGGAGCUGUUUCUGGUCUUACCACGGUUAAAAAUGCCAUAUCAUUAGCAAGGCUAGUUAUGGAGAAAACUUGUCAUAUAUAUCUUGGAUUUGAUGGAGCCGAGGCAUUUGCAAGGGAACAAGGUGUUGAAACUGUGGAUUCAAGCUGUUUGGUGACUCCUGAAAACAUUGAGAGGCUUAAACAAGCAAAAGAAGCUAAUAGAGUUCAGAUUGACUAUAAUGCUCAAGCAACUCAAAAUGCUAAAGAUGAAUCAACUCUCCCCAACGGUGAUAGUCAGAUGGGAACUGUUGGAUGUGUGGCUGUUGACAGCCAUGGAAACUUAGUUGCUGCUACAUCUACGGGUGGAUUGGUGAACAAAAUGGUGGGAAGAAUUGGCGAUACGCCCAUAAUUGGAGCAGGAACUUAUGCCAAUCGAUUUUGUGCUGUCUCGGCUACUGGAAAAGGCGAAGCUAUAAUCCGUGCUACGGUGGCAAGAGAUGUGGCUGCCCUUAUGGAGUACAAAGGGCUUUCGCUGAAUGAAGCAGCGAAUUACGUUAUCCAAAAGUGUGCUCCGAGAGGCACGGCCGGUUUGAUUGCCGUUUCGUCCACAGGAGAAGUCACAAUGCCGUUUAAUACGGGUGGCAUGUUCAGAGCUUGUGCCACAGAAGAUGGUCAGACAGAAGUUGCAAUAUGGUAA